UUCAAUGAUGAAUCGAAAAAGCAAUUCUCAUAAUCAGUCUCCUUCAAAAUCUGCUGAAUUAGUGAAAGUUAUUGAAGAGCAGCAAAAGCUUGGUGCGGAAAUUCUGGCACAUUAUAGAUUAAUGAAGUCAAAGAUUGAAUUUAUCGAAACCCUACAAAACUUUGUCAAACAAAAUACUUUACGUGUAAUUACCGAAAGCCAAAAAGAAAAUAUGCCAAAUCGAACAUAUGAUGAUGUAUAA